GACUAUUCGAAAAGAUUCAUUAUUAGUCGAGCUUUCGUGGCCUUUGGUUGGAAAACAGUUCUGAUAACUUACCGAAGUUUUACGAACAGUGAUAACGUGAUAACGUCUCUUGAAAAAUCGUACAUAAUUAUUGAAAGUUAGAGAGUUCACACGCGGAAAUGGUGGUAAAGGUAAAGAAGGUUAAAAAGGCAAAUGCAGAGGCAAAUGCAGAGGCACCGCCAUCGCCGCCCGAAGAUGUAGAGGAAAAAGAGUCAACAGAGGCAGAUUCCGAAGAGCUAGGGUCAGAUGAACAGCCAGAGGAUAACUGGGAAGAUGAAAUUUCGGAAGAAGAGGUUGAUCCAGAUAAAACAAAAUUUGAAUUGUUACACGAGUUCAUGCAAAAAACUAACGACUUCCUAAGCCAGUACGAUGAUCUAAUGGAAAACAGAAAACCGAAUCGAUCAUUGUGGAUCUCGAGAUUAAGUGCAUUAAGAGAACUUCUUAUUGCAUUGCUGCAUCAGUUCAUUCUCAAUCAACUACCACGAGAUGAUUACCUUUGCAUACACAUAAAAUGUUGUGGGGAUAAACUUAUGAACAAAGAGGACUUCGUUGAACACUACCAAGAAGCUCAUUCAAAAGCAAAUGUUAACGCCGCGGGACCAGAAUUGGAAACAGUAGUUGCUUACUACAAAAGCGUCAAGCUGUACAAGAUACAUGGGCGAGUCGUCAACAAAGAGCUAUUAUUUAUGCUAAGAAGACUGCUACGGAAAACGAAUACAAUUUUGAAAGAAUGAUGCGGAGCGCGAAAGAAGUUGUCGAAUUAUGUUUUGUACAAUCUAAUGAAAAACUAAAAACAAAAAUACAAAUUAAGUUUCAUACAAGCGAAACAAUAUUGAUUGAUAUAACCUAAUCGGCAAUUUACGACUAAUAAAGCUUAAGUUUUAUUUAA